ACUAGACUUCUUUCCAUAUAUGUCUAACAAUGACGACGACGUCGAUUUUGACGUGCUCGGAUGAUGGAAGCGGAACGAACACAUGUUCCCAUGUCUCGGCAUGCUAGCAAGACAAGUGUUGUCCGUCCCGGUAUCAACUGUAGCAGUUGAACGAGAAUUCAGUGCUGGCGGCAACAUUCUAACCGACUACCGAAGUUGUCUUAACGCUGAAUCUCUUGAAACACUGGUUUGCAACCAAGAUUGGCUCUUGGCAAGACGUCGGGCUCAAGAGUCAUCGUACCAACUCGAAUCGGAGCAUUACAUGAAUGCAACCACAUAUGGAAGUCCGAGUUCUGAAGAAUAAGUUAUAAAUUUUUUUUUAUGUUAAUGUAAAUAUGUAAUUAGUUUUUUUAGGUGAGUGAUAUAUAAGCUCCUUCGAGGGUUUCUUUACGGUUCUUUACCUCGUCGCUUUUUUUGAAUCGUCAGGAUAUUAAAUGUGGUUGUUCUUG